AUCAUGGCACUGUCGAUUUUAGGGUAAAAUGCGCAAAACACCGAAAAUCAGAAUAUGAGAAUAGCCAGCUUUUUCAAUUUUCAUAAUGAGUGCACUUGAGAAAUCACGAACUUAUGAUUAUCUAACUCCAGAUGCCAAACUUCGAAGAUAUGAGGAAAAAGACGAACAUGGUCGACUUCUUGACCAACUAAGUAAGCGACGGAAGCUUCGUGAGCAUGUUACAGAUUUUCAACGAAAGUUCUGGGGCCGAUCACCGUCGCCUCCCAUUCUAUCAUCUGAGUCCGAAGGUGAAGAAAAAACCAAGAAAAGAAAAAACACUGGCCUGGAUUCAUCAAAAAGGUCUCCCAAAAAGUCUAAAAAGAGCAAAAAGAAAUCAAAGAAAAGGAGGAAGAAAUCUAAAAAGAGAAAACGGUCCAGCAGUUCAUCUUCGACUGAGUCAUCAAGCAGCAGCGAUAGCGGAGACGAGUGGGUGGAGAAAGAUGUCGGUGGUAAGGCGAAGCGUAAAGAGGAGCGUGACGAAUCCAAGGGACCGAUCAUUGGGCCAAUGAUUCCCGAGUCGAUACAACUUGGUGCUCUAGGAGUGAAAUCGGAUUCCAAAAUGGAUUACGGUGACGCGCUACUACCGGGCGAAGGAGCUGCUAUGGCGGCGUUUGUCAAAGAUGGAAAACGAAUUCCGAGGAGGGGUGAAAUUGGACUGACGAGCGGAGAGAUAGAAAACUACGAAGUGAGUGGUUAUGUCAUGAGUGGCAGUCGACACAGACGCAUGGAAGCUGUGAGGUUGAGAAAAGAGAACCAGAUUUACAGUGCAGAUGAAAAAGCGGCUCUGGCCAGUUUCAACAGAGAGGAAAGGAUGAAAAAAGAAACACAGAUCAUGGGAGAGUUCCACAAAAUAAUCAAUUCUAAGAAAAAGUAACACGCAACUUAUGAAAACUUUCUUUCUCAUAUAGGUUUUAGAAGAAAACAUUCGAUUUUAAAACUAUUAUUAAACCAAAAUAAAAACGCUUUCCUUUGACUGAAGAAUUGGAUUUUUGUAUAUUGUACAUCUGAUCAAAUUUAUUGUGUUCGUCUCAUUAGGUUCAUUACGCAACUAUCAAUUUAGU